UUCCUCUGGUCGCCCGGAUUGCGAGCCGCUUCCGGGCGCUCCGGAAGCGAAUCUUUCUUUUCCGGAUUGGGCAUCCCGGCAUCUGCACGUGGUUGUGUUGCCGGAGUUUGGGCCGCUACUGUAGGAAAAGUAACUUCAGCUACAGCCUCAAAGCGAGUGAGCCGAGCCGGAGCCAUGGAGGGCCAGAGCGUGGAGGAGCUCCUCGCAAAGGCAGAGCAGGACGAGGCAGAGAAGUUGCAACGCAUCACGGUGCACAAGGAGCUGGAGCUGGAGUUUGACCUGGGCAACCUGCUGGCGUCGGACCGGAACCCCCCAACCCAGCUGCGGUGCGCCGGACCCACGCCGGAGGCCGAGCUACGGGCCCUGGCGCGGGACAACACGCAACUGCUCAUCAACCAGCUGUGGCAGCUGCCCACGGAGCGCGUGGAAGAGGCGAUAGUGGCGCGGCUGCCGGAGCCCACCACACGCCUGCCGCGAGAGAAGCCUCUGCCCCGACCGCGGCCACUUACACGCUGGCAGCAGUUCGCGCGCCUCAAGGGCAUCCGUCCCAAGAAGAAGACCAACCUGGUGUGGGACGAGGUGAGUGGCCAGUGGCGGCGGCGCUGGGGCUACCAGCGCGCCCGGGACGACACCAAAGAAUGGCUGAUUGAGGUGCCCGGCAAUGCCGACCCCUUGGAGGACCAGUUCGCCAAGCGCAUUCAGGCCAAGAAGGAACGGGUGGCCAAGAACGAGCUGAACCGGCUGCGUAACCUGGCCCGCGCGCACAAGAUGCAGCUGCCCAGCGCGGCCGGCUUGCACCCUACCGGACACCAGAGUAAGGAGGAGCUGGGCCGCGCCAUGCAAGUGGCCAAGGUCUCCACCGCCUCUGUGGGGCGCUUUCAGGAGCGCCUCCCCAAGGAGAAGGCGCCCCGGGGCUCCGGCAAGAAAAGGAAGUUUCAACCCCUUUUCGGGGACUUUGCAGCCGAGAAAAAGAACCAGUUGGAGCUGCUUCGUGUCAUGAACAGCAAGAAGCCUCAGCUGGAUGUGACGAGGGCCACCAAUAAGCAGAUGAGGGAGGAGGACCAGGAGGAGGCCGCCAAGAGGAGGAAAAUGAGCCAGAAGGGCAAGAGAAAGGGAGGCCGGCAGGGGCCUGGGGGCAAGAGGAAAGGGGGCCCGCCCAGCCAGGGAGGGAAGAGGAAAGGGGGUUUGGGAGGCAAGAUGAAUUCUGGGCCGCCUGGCUUAGGUGGCAAGAGAAAAGGAGGACAGCGCCCAGGAGGAAAGAGGAGGAAGUAAUAGGUUCUAACUGUCGGACCCGUCUGUAAACCAAGGACUAUGAAUACUAAAUGUUAAGUUCUAGGCAAUUGUACGGGGACUCAGAAGGACCUGGCCGCUGCCUUCAUUGAGUUUAAAGGGACAGGAUUGCCCUUCCCUCAAGAAAGUAUGUAAGUGUUGGACUGCACAAAUUAAUGUUUUUCCCACAACCGAGACUUUGGAGAUUAAGAAGUUAUUUGAGGAUUUAAGAAUUAGGGAAAUAAUUUGGUGGAAACCGGGAAUGAGUUCUAUUCUUAAACAGCCUUUUUUUUUUUCUUUUUAAUGUUGGAUAUACGGUGAGGUAGAGUUGGCCAUAUUUCAGAGACUUAGAUUGACGUAUAUGUUUCUGCAUUAUUUUUACAACAAGUUUGUGUAUCAGAGCGGGAGUGCGGGGGAGGGAAAGAAAACAAAUAGUUUCAGAAUUGAAUAGGCAAGUGACUGUUUUAAAGAUUAAGUAAUAAAGAUGUCUUAUCUAGUGUGACUUUUAA